AUGGCAUGCUACAUUAUGAUUACGAGUUUGAAAACCAGACUUCUCCUCAAGGGACUACAAAUGAUUUCUUCACCAACCCUGCUACACCUAAUUUCCUCCCCAGUCCUACACCUGGUAGCCCGAGUGAAUUGUCAGACUUGAUGAAGUAUAUGGAACCGUCUUUGGAGGGAAAUAAGAAAAAUCUUAAACGAGGGAAGGAAAUUCUGGGAGAGCUUCCAGCCGACAGCCCUGGUGAAGGAUAUCAAGAUCACAUGAGUUUUCAACAGAACCCAGAGUUGCAGGAAGACUGGAAUAAUUGUAAACGCAGCAAGAAGUUGCAUAUCUUGGCGAUGCCAUGUUCUCUGCCUGACACUGUUCAUCAUAACAUUCAAGGAUCUGCUGCAUCAGGAGUUCGUGUGCCUUUUGAAAAAGAGAUUGAGAAUGAUUUCCUCCCAUGGGCUGGUAUACCUGCUAUACCUUGUGAAUGGCCGGAGUUGAUAAAGAAUGUGGAGCAGUUUCCAGAAUUUAUUUUUCCUGCUGUGAACCCUGUUGAUUAUUUUGGUGGCAUAACAAAUGAAAGUCUCCUUAUAAGAUUUGAAAACAUGUUAUCUCUAAGCUUUGUCCAUCCAAGUGGUCUCGAGAGCAAUAUGGGCAAAAUUUCAUUAGAAGAGAAAUUUCAUUUCUGGCUCCAGGAGAAGGCAUCUGAAGGUGAAAAUGGGGUCACUGUUUUGGAUGAGGGUGGUGCAGGUGUGAUACACCUAGCAGCUGGUCUUGGCUAUGAUUGGGCCAUAGAAACCUUAAUUGUUGAUGCUAAAAUUGAUAUCAAUUUCAAUGAUAAAAACGGAUGUACUGCACUUCAUUGGGCAGCAUAUUGUGGCAGAAAGAAUACAGUUGAGUUUCUCAUCUCUAAAGAUGCAGCUCAUGCAUUACCAUCUUUUCCACCUGGUUCCGGGGAAAACACACCGGCGAAUUUGGCUUUUGCCGCGGGGCACCAAGAAAUUGGUCAUUAUCUUGAAGAAAAAGUAGAGGCGGCUGUGGCAGCCCUGGAAUUUCACUUGGAUGAGGACGACUUUUAUAAAUUAUAAAUUAAAGAUAGCCUUUAAAACUGGUUUUUCUUUUUUUUAAGUUGUUUGGAUGAAAAGACUAAAUUGUUAGUAUAUCGCUGUAAUAAUUUGUUACCAUGUGAAAAUUGACUGUAAAACCAUUAUCGUCAAGUUUUUACUUUCUUUUUACCCCA